GUAUUCAGAGACAUGGCCGCUGACAGGUGACUGGGGGCUUCCUUUAAGUCCCUUCAUUCCUGAUGAAUUCUAUAUUCAGAGAGGAAGGGAUUUCGGGAACUCAAAGACUAAGUAUAAAUCUUCGGAUCCCAGAGAUUACGCAUAACUCCUUAACAUCAGGUUUCAGGGCGCAUUCGGUUAAUAAUGUCUCAGGCCAGCCGCCGUAGUCCGUCUGGUGAUGCAAGCAGCGUACUUUCUAGUCGCUGUCACCCGAUUGCCAAGAUGGCGGCCCCCAAGAGCUACGCUGUAUGGAGCCACUGCGGCCGUGGAUGGUCGCGGGCGAUGCGGGGCUGCCAGCUUCCUGGGCUUCGUAGCUCCUGGCCCCGGGACCCACUGGGUGUGCGGCUCUUGUCCCAAGAGAAACCGACAACGGAAACGCACUUCGGGUUUGAGACUGUGUUGGAGGAAGAGAAGAAGGGCAAAGGAUGUUUUCAAGUGAAUCCUGUUACUAGCACAAUUGUGUGUGUUUCUCCCCUGUCAGUCUAUCAUGUGUUUGAAAGUGUGGCCAAGAAGUAUGAUGUGAUGAAUGACAUGAUGAGUCUUGGUAUCCAUCGUGUUUGGAAGGAUUUGCUGCUCUGGAAGAUGCGUCCAAUUCCUGGGACCCAGCUGCUUGAUGUUGCUGGAGGCACAGGUGACAUUGCAUUCCGGUUCCUUAAUUAUGUUCAGGCACAGCAUCACAGAAAGCAGAAGAGGCAGUUAAGGGCUCAGCAAAAUUUAUCCUGGGAAGAAAUUGCCAAAAAAUACCAGAAUGAAGAGGAUUCCUUGGGCGGUUCCCAUGUCAUGGUCUGUGACAUCAACAAAGAGAUGCUAAAGGUGGGAAUGCAGAAAGCCUUUGCUCAAGGACACAAAGCUGGACUUUCGUGGGUAUUGGGAGAUGCUGAAGAACUGCCCUUUAAUGAUGACAAGUUUGAUAUUUACACCAUAGCCUUUGGGAUCCGGAAUGUCACACACAUUGAUCAGGCACUCCAAGAAGCGCAUCGGGUCCUGAAACCAGGAGGACGGUUUCUCUGCCUGGAGUUUAGCCAAGUGAACAAUCCCCUCAUAUCCAGGCUUUAUGAUCUAUAUAGCUUCCAGGUCAUUCCUGUCCUGGGAGAGGUCAUUGCAGGAGACUGGAAGUCCUAUCAGUACCUCAUAGAGAGUAUCCGAAGGUUCCCAUCUCAGGAAGAGUUCAAGGAGAUGAUAGAAGAUGCGGGUUUCCACAAGGUGACUUAUGAAAGUCUAACAUCAGGCAUUGUGGCCAUUCAUUCGGGCUUCAAACUUUAACGCCUUUUCUAUGCUGGAGCGUAAACCAGUCACAUCCUGUUGAAAGCCUGGAACUGAAGGAUAAUCUUGCAAAUGAGACAGCAGUCGAGCAUCUCCUUUUAAGGAUAUGUGCCUUGGACUCAUGUUCUGAAGUGACCAAUCUCAAAGUGGGAGAAACAAAUGCCUGUCACUUUUUUUU